UUUAAUUUAACCCCACAUCGUUUAGAAAAACGAAGAUGAUUAUUUUUUAAAACAGAUUGAUAGAGAGAGGAUGUGAUAGACAACUUUACUUGUAUCCAAAACUUGAUAUUUAGAGACGGUAUCAUAAGCCAAAUCAGAUUGAAGGUGGCAGUGCAGUUUUUGGUGUUGCCACUCACAAUAGUAUUACUAAUUCUGGCUUUCUGGUGCAAAGCAAAAUCCAAGUUUAAGCUGCGAAGAUGUUUUGAAUGAAGACGGGGAUGGGGGUUUUUGAAGCCAGUCGUUUGCCGAUAAUUAGAAAGAACAAAGAGAUAGCCGCCUGAGAAGAGCGCCAUCAUCGAAUAGUGGGCUGUUAAUUAGCAAAAGGAAGGAUAGAUAGUCUUUGGCUUUACAAACUCCACCGGUGUUGCUCCGCUCUCUGUAGCCUCUUCAGCUUUUUCGAGAAUGAAUUGGGAAAUUAAUGGGUUAAUUUCAUGCUUAGCCCCUUAUAUUAUAUUAGCUUCUCUGUUUGGAGCCAACAUUUUUAAUUAAACUUCAUUUAAUAAUUGCAUACAAAUAAUUUAACAACAGCACUAUUAUAUAUAUCGGAUAUAAAAUCAGCCAAUACGUUUGCAUCACAUGUUUUUAAUUAUUAUUUUUCCCUAACAACCCCACUCUUUUUGUUAAGUACGUAAAAUACAAACCCUCCAACAUUUUUAUUUCUUACUUACGAUUAAUUAAACUAGCCUCGAAAUUAUGAUUCCUUCAUUCAAUAAUUGCAUAAAAAUAAUUUAACAACAGCACUAUUAUAUAUACCCGGCGUAAAAUCAACCCUCACCUUCUUGGAAAGAACAUCAUCCCUCAUCUAUUUGUAGAUCUGCUUUUCUCUUUCUUAUCCUCAUCAACCCCUUGUUCCCAGUUUCUUUCUGUGGUAUUGAGCGAACUAUUUUCUGAUUUUGAGCACUAGAUUGAGAUAUCUUUUUCUUCUCAUAUAUCUUCAUGUUGUCGUUACCUUCAACUCCAUCGUCCAUUUCUAAAAAGGAAUAUGAUGUUUUCUUGAGUUUUAGAGGUGAAGAUACUCGCAAAAACUUCACAGAUCAUCUCUACGAAGCUCUAACGAGGCGUGGGAUUGUCACCUUUAGAGAUGAUCCAAAGUUGGAGGCGGGUGAAGAGAUCGCACCUGAACUCUUUAAAGCAAUUCAACAAUCAUGGUGCUCGAUCAUCGUUUUUUCAAAAACCUAUGCCUUUUCAAGUUGGUGCUUGGAGGAGCUUGCUGAGAUAGUUAAACAAAAAAAGGAUAAGGAACAUAAAGUAUUUCCAAUAUUCUACGAUGUAGAUCCAUCCGAUUUAAGAAAACAGAAGGGAAAAGUUGAAGAAGCGUUUGCAAAACAUGAAGAGAGAUAUAAGGAAGAUAGAGAAAAGAUCCAAAGGUGGGGAAAUGCUUUGAGGGAAGUGGCUAACAUCAAGGGAUGGCAUUUAAAUAACAGGCAUGAAUCAGAAUUUAUUGAAGAUAUUGUUAAGAGGAUAUCAGCGAAAUUAUGUCAGACCUAUCCUGUUGUUCCUGAUGACCUGGUUGGAAUUAGUUUACAUUUAGAGGAGUUGUAUUCAAAAAUAGACAUUGGGGAAGAUGAUGUUCGUAUUAUAGGAAUUUGCGAAAUGGGUGGCAUUGGUAAGACAACUCUUGCAAGGAUUGCUUAUACUCAAAUGUCACCUCAUUUUGAAGGCAAAACCUUUCUUGCUGAUGUUCGAGAAGUUUCGGAUAAAUGUGGACUUGUUUUUUUACAAAAACAACUUCUUUCCCAGAUAUUGCUUGAUGAAUGCUUUAAUUUUUUCAAUGUUCACGAAGGGAAUACCAUAAUUAGCCGCAGGUUGUCUAGCAAAAAGGUUCUUGUUGUUCUUGAUGAUGUUGAUAACCUACAACACUUGAAAUGCUUGGUUGGAAAACUUGAUUGGUUUGGUUUAGGAAGUAGGAUCAUUGUAACGACAAGAGACGAACAUUUGCUUCAAUCUUACCGAGUUGAUGAUGUGUAUAAGCCUACAGCAUUGAAUCCUAAUGAUGCCCUUAGGCUUUUUAAUUUGAAAGCUUUUGGUAGUGAUACAACAUUGAAAGAUGAUUUCAUUGAACUUUCUAAACAUAUUGUACAUUAUGCUGGUGGUCUCCCCUUAGCUCUUGAAGUUUUGGGUUCAUUUUUGUGCGGUAGAGAUGUAGCUCAAUGGAGAAGUGCAAUUGAAAGACUUCAAAGAAAUUCUAACAAAGAAAUUCUCGAUAGGCUUCGAAUUAGCUUUGAUGGAUUGGAAGAAAGCGAAAAGAAUAUAUUUCUAGAUAUAGCAUGCUUCUUCAAUGGAGAGGAGAAAGUAUUGGAUGGUUGUGAAUUUUUCUCAAAUAUUGGAAUAGAUGUUCUCAUUAAGAAAUCUCUCAUAAAAGUUGAUGAACACAAGCAUUUGUGGAUGCAUCGCUUGAUACAAGAAAUGGGAAGAAAAAUUGUUAGGGAAAAAUCUGUUGAUGAACCUGGGAAACGUUGCAGAUUGUGGGAGGAAAAAGAUGUCCAUCAUGUCUUAACAAAAAACACAAAACAUUGCUUUGAGGUAUUGAAUGUUUUGUAUAUUUUAAUGCUUAUUUUUGUUUUGCUUAUGGUUUUUAGGGAAUCGAGCAAGAUACUCAAUUUGAGUGCCAAUGCUUUCUCGAAGAUGACAACUUUGAGAUUGCUCAGAGUACUUUGUCUCUCAAAUUGUGAUGAUCUCAAAUAUCUUUCUAAUGAGCUACGACUUUUAGAUUGGACAGGAUAUCCUUUAAGAUCAUUGCCUUCAAGCUUUCAACCGGAUAAUCUUGUCGUUCUUCUCUUACCAUAUAGUCACAUUGAACAACUAUGGAAAGGGAAUAGACCCUUGUAUAAAUUAAAAAUAAUCAACCUUAAAGAGUCCCAAAACCUAAUCAAGACACCAGACUUUACAACAGCCCCAAAUCUCGAAGUUUUGAUUAUGGAAGCUUGUACCAGAUUAGUAGAUGUUCAUCCAUCACUUGGAGUGCUUAAGAGACUUAAACUCUUGAAUUUAAGGGAGUGCAGAAGUCUUAGGAGUCUUCCAACCAAAAUUGGAAUGGAAUCCCUUGAAACUUUAAUUCUUUCAGGUUGCUCAAAUCUUGCAAGGUUUCCAGAUAUUGAUGGGAAAAUGGAACAUCUAAAAACUCUUCAUCUGUCUGGUUGCUGUAAAGUUGAAUAUUUGCCAGAGAAUUUGCAGCAAGCAGAAUUUUUGGAAGAGCUUGACUUGAGUGAAACAGCCAUAAAAGAACCACCCUCCUUCAUUUCUCAAUUGAAAAAUCUUAAAAUUUUGUCUUUCAGUGGAUGCAAGGGUCCGUCUAAGUUAAAAAUAAAUCUCCUUUCUCUUUUCAAGGUAAGCCAAAGAGGAAGGAUGAAUUCCAUAGCUCUAAUGCUACCUUCAUUAUCAGGUUUGAGUUCAUUAAGAAAGUUGACUCUAAGGGACGGCAGUCUUGGUGAAGGAGAUAUUCCUGGUGCUAUAUCUUGUCUAUCCUCUUUGACAAAUCUUGAUCUUAGCGGUAACAAUUUCAACACCAUACCGGGGUCUCUUACACGACUCUCCAGGCUUGAAUAUCUUACAUUGUCAAAUUGCGGCCUGUUCAAUAUUGGUGGAGAUAUUCCAAGUGAUAUUUCUGGUCUCUCCUCAUUGAGAUUUCUUGGUCUUAGUGGUAACAAUUUCACCAGCAUAGCUGCGUCUCUUACUCGUCUUUCCAAUCUUCAAAGGCUUGGGGUGUCAGAUUGCAGUGAGCUUGAAUCGUUGCCUGUGCUUCUAGCAAGAAUGACAAGUGAGUGGAUAGUUGAUUGUGCUCACCUUAUGGCCAUUAACUGCUACAGAUUGGCUGAGAACAUUAGUGCAAUAACAUUGCUGAAAACACAUAUUAAGGCAUUUGCGAAUUCAAGAAAAGAGUUUGACGUUAUUAUACCUGGAAAUGAAAUCCCAGAAUGGUUCAGCCACCAGAGAGGCGGCUCUGUAAUUGACAUACCUCUGCCUCUCAAUAUUCAGAAUGACAGUCAAUGGAUUGGAGUUGCUUUCUGCUGCAUUUUCGUCAAUGAGGGUGGUCCUGAGGAAAAGGUUGUCGGUGGUAGAGCUUAUAUACGUUGUAGAAAUUCUGGACAAUCUAGUUAUAACGGAUCUGAUUUUCAAGGAAGAAAUCCUGGAUGGAUCUCAUCGAAUUUCUUUGCUUUUGGUGGAGAAUAUUCGGAGCCCAUAACAAAGGACCACCUGUUUCUUUGUUAUUUCUCGCGUGAUAAAUUGUAUCCAUUAUACUUCGAGGAUGAAUGUGGUGAAUGGGAAACCAAUAAUUUAUGGACAAUGGAUUGCUCUGAUCAUGAAUGCGAUGAGAUGUCUUUCGAGAUGUCUUUCGAAGGCACACUUGGUUAUCCUUCUCUUAAGGUGAAGAAGUGUGGUGUUAGACUAAUGUAUGAGAAAGAUUUGGAAGAAAUAAAAGAGGUGCACUGCCAUACCCCUCAAUCUUCUCCAAACUUGGAACAUAUCCAUCAUCACUCUACUGACAACGAUGGAUCCGCAGGUAGCACUUCCCGUCUAAAACGAAAACUCAAUACCCACGAGGAAACAGAGGAAGAAGGGCCGCAGCCGAAACGGAUGCAAAAAAUUUUCAAUUUUAUAAUGGGCCGAUCAGAAAAGAAGCAAUAAUACUUGACUAGCCUUUUCAACAUUCUUUCUCCUAUUUAGUUAAUUUUAUAAGUUUCUCUUUUUCCCAUGUUUUUGUUUGAUGGUAGAAAUAGAUUCUUUACCAUGUUUUCUAUAGUCAAAAUAUUCCACCACCACCUGAUUUUAACAUUCCUAAUAGUGCCUUGUUGGAAAAGAGAAAUUUUAGAGGAAUAAAGGUUAAGAAAGAUGAUUAGUUCCUAUCAGCACGAAAAGCUAUGGGAUACUUGUGGGUCUAGUAUCUAUGAUUUCUUUCUAUUUGAAAAUCUGCAUGGCUUCACGUGAUAUGUUAUCAAAUUUUCAAGGAAAAUGUGAAGUUGGAUUGUAAGAGUAAAGCGUUUGUGGACAUGCUUCUAAUAUCUCAAGUGUUUCGCAUUGCAAAUAAAAAGUUGAAUGAUUCUGAUAA